CUGAAGAUUCGUUACAGCCCACUUUAAAAACCCGUCAAAACCGACUCACGGGCUCCAAGUCAAUGAGAAUAAGGGCAGUAAUUCAUAGAGGACGGUCCUCACAUCCCCAUCCUCAAGUUUUGUGGUGUUACAUGUUUUAUCUGAGGUAAACUACGGGGAGAGCUUCAUCUGAAGGACGUUUCUCAGUAAUUCAUCACCAUCAAAGAAAAUCCGUCCGGGAAACAAGGGACCGACACAAAGUUUCUCUAUACACCUUCCUCUCACACACACGCACACUUGAAGACCGAGAAUAAUCGCUCUGAAAGCAUGGAGCCUACCGAGAUUAACACUAUCCCCAAUGGAAAGGGGCACGAAGCUGGUGAGGAGACAACUGCAACUGCAAUAAAAAGCCAAUCAGAAGAUGCAGCUCAGGAACUUGUACCAAAUAGCACUGAAAAUGCCAGAACUCCAGGUAAUGCAGAGGCAAACCUGGCAGAAAGCUCGGAGUUCCUGUCCAAUGCAGAUGACAAGAAAACUCCUCGCUUCACGGAUUUUGAGGGAAAGACUUCUUUUGGGAUGUCCGUCUUCAAUUUGGGAAACGCCAUCAUGGGAAGUGGAAUUUUGGGAUUAGCGUAUGCAAUGGCCAACACGGGCAUUGUCCUCUUUAUAAUUCUCCUCACUGCUGUCGCUGGUCUGUCUUCAUACUCCAUUCACCUGCUGCUAAAAUCUUCAGGCGUUGUGGGCAUUAGAGCUUAUGAACAACUGGGCUUCCGAGCCUUCGGCACACCAGGCAAGAUGGCUGCUGGCAUUGCGAUCACCCUGCAGAAUAUUGGAGCCAUGUCCAGCUACUUGUACAUAGUAAAGUAUGAGUUUCCACUGGUUAUCCAGGCUUUUCUCAAGGUGGAUAAUCCAUCAGGGGAGUGGUAUUUAAAUGGCAAUUACCUGGUCGUCAUUGUAUCAUGCAGUGUCAUCUUGCCGCUGGCUUUAAUGAAGCAGCUCGGGUACCUGGGCUACACCAGCGGUUUCUCUCUCAGUUGUAUGGUCUUCUUCCUUAUUGCGGUGAUCUAUAAGACGUUCCAGGUCAAAUGUCCUUUUGAUGACUAUGCCCAUAACAGGACAGUGUUGGGCUUUAACACGAGUGUGGCGGCUGACCCCGGAGGAGUGGAGAUGACCCCUGAGGGUGACCCUGCCUGCACCCCCCGCCUCUUUAACCUCAACUCACAGACGGCCUACACGGUUCCCAUCCUGGCGUUCGCGUUCGUGUGCCACCCCGAGGUGCUGCCAAUUUACACGGAGCUACGCAACCCCACAAAAACAAAGAUGCAACACAUUUCCAACAUCUCCAUUGGAGUCAUGUACAUCAUGUACCUCCUGGCUGCUCUGUUCGGAUAUCUGACCUUCAUUGAUAAGGUGGAAGCUGAGCUGUUGCACACCUACAGUCGAAUAGACCCGUACGACACACUCAUCCUGUGCGUUCGUCUGGCUGUGCUGACUGCUGUCACACUCACUGUGCCCAUCGUAAGGAGAGCAAUUCAGCAGUUGUUCUUCCCAAAUAAAACCUUCUGGUGGCCACGUCACAUUGCCAUAGCUGUCACCCUCCUCACCAUCAUCAACUUACUGGUCAUCUUCGCCCCGAACAUCCUGGGAAUCUUCGGAAUCAUCGGUGCCACGUCCGCGCCGUGCCUCAUCUUUAUAUUUCCGGCUGUGUUUUACAUCCGCAUUGUUCCCAAGGAAGAGGAACCUAUGCGCUCAGCGCCGAAAAUCCUUGCUGCUUGCUUUGCCAUUUUAGGAGUCCUAUUUAUGGUAAUGAGCCUCGGCUUCAUCAUCAUUGAUUGGACAUCAGGGACCAGCAAAGGAAGCAGUGGUCAUUAGGCCUCACCCUCUAAUGGUUUAUGCUUUUUAAUAUUACUUUCGGGUCAGUAGUUGGGGAGGAUGCAUAAUCUCUCAGUGAUCAGUCACAAGAGUAGUACCAGAUUCCUAGCUUUAAUUGCAUUCAAUCAAUGCAUUAUUUAGCCGUGUGACCUGCAUGUGCUGUAAAUGGGGUUUUGACCCAUCUCAGGCCAGCAUUAAUAAAUCCAUUUAAAGGCCAUCCACUUCCAAAAAGGAGUGGAAAUAGUUUGUUUUAAAGCAGGGAGAAGACAACCAGAAAAGAUAAUCAGAACUAGAAAAUGAAAGCCCAUGAUAGUUAGUUUGUGCCAUAGUAACAGCACAUGCAGUAUGCAAGGGUUUACAAACAAAAGGGAUUAUGCAUUCUAACCGAACAGACUCAUCAGCUUGCCCAACCUCCCAUUCAGUCCUUCAUAUGACCUUUGACCUCUGCCCUUCGGCCACAUUCACAAGAGAUUAGAAAUCACAGUAAGUGCUCAGUUCUUAUGGGAGGAUUGGUGGUUAUUAAAGUGUUUAUUUCAUCAUAUCUCAUCUUAGAUAUAGCAAUACUCUGUGCAAUAGCUGUGAGAUAUCUGACACUGGAGGCCGUUGAGAGGAGACACACAACCUCGUCCAGAAUCCAGACUUGAUUUGGCUAUUGGUCUAUUGUUGGUCUAUUACACAAUUUCAAAUUUAUGCAAAUUGUACGUAUAGAUGUACAUGUCACAUUUUUAUAUGGAUUUAUAAUGUUUAUCCUUUCUACAAUAUUUAGAGAUAAAUAUAUUAGUAGUU